CCCCCCCCCACCACCUUCAGCCUACCCCUCCACCACUUAUCACCAAUUCCCCCACUAUCUACGCACACAAUGUGUCCCGGUGCCGACUCGGAGCCCAAUGGGCAAGUUAACGGCGCCAACGGUGCCAAUGGCGCUGACCAUGAAGGCUUCACUGGUAUCGAGACCCGCCAAAACCCUCACCCCUCCGCUUCCCGCAACCCUUACGGCCACAACGUCGGUGUGACCGACUUCCUGAGCAAUGUCUCCCGUUUCAAGAUCAUCGAGAGUACUCUGCGUGAGGGCGAGCAGUUCGCCAACGCUUUCUUCGAUACCGAGAAGAAGAUUGAGAUUGCCAAGGCCCUCGACGACUUUGGUGUUGACUACAUUGAGCUUACCAGCCCUUGUGCUUCCGAGCAGUCUCGUGCCGACUGCGAGGCUAUCUGCAAGCUUGGUCUGAAGGCCAAGAUUCUUACUCACAUUCGCUGCCACAUGGAUGAUGCCCGUGUUGCUGUCGAGACCGGUGUCGACGGAGUCGAUGUCGUCAUUGGUACCUCGUCCUACCUCCGUGAGCACUCCCACGGCAAGGACAUGACCUACAUCAAGAACACCGCCAUUGAAGUUAUCGAGUUCGUCAAGUCCAAGGGCAUUGAGAUCCGUUUCUCCAGCGAGGAUUCUUUCCGAUCUGACCUGGUCGACCUGCUCUCCAUCUACUCUGCUGUCGACAAGGUCGGUGUCCAGCGUGUCGGUAUCGCCGAUACUGUCGGCUGCGCUUCUCCCCGUCAGGUCUACGAGCUCGUCCGUGUGCUCCGUGGUGUUGUCGGCUGUGAUAUCGAGACCCACUUCCACAACGACACUGGCUGUGCCAUUGCUAACGCCUACUGUGCCCUCGAGGCCGGUGCCACUCACAUCGAUACCUCCGUCCUCGGCAUCGGUGAGCGCAACGGUAUCACCCCCCUUGGUGGUCUGAUGGCCCGCAUGAUGGUCGCCGACCCCGAAUACGUCAAGGGCAAGUAUAAGCUGGAGAAGCUCAAGGACAUUGAGGACCUCGUCGCCGAGGCUGUCCAGGUCAACAUUCCCUUCAACAACUACAUCACCGGUUUCUGUGCCUUCACCCACAAGGCUGGUAUUCACGCCAAGGCCAUCCUCAACAACCCCAGCACCUACGAGAUCAUCAACCCUGCCGACUUCGGUAUGACUCGUUACGUCCACUUCGCCUCGCGUCUGACUGGCUGGAACGCGAUCAAGUCGCGUUGCCAACAGCUCAAGAUCGACCUGACCGAUGCCCAGGCCAAGGAGUGCACUGCUAAGAUCAAGGCUCUGGCUGACAUUCGCCCCAUUGCCGUCGAUGACGCCGAUUCCAUUAUCCGCGCCUAUGCCCGCAACCUCAAGCUGGGUGAGGACAAGCCUUUGAUGGAUCUGACUGCCGAGGAGCAGGCCCAAUUUGCGGCCAAGGAGAAGGAGAUUGCUCUCGAGGCUGAGAAGAACGGAAUCGCUGUCUAAGCGGCGCCUAUUAUCUCUGUUCAAUAAGCGUGCGUUCUUUUGUUCGCUCAAAAUAUCUACGCGUCUCGACUUGCGGCAUACCCCGCUAGGCAGACUCGACCAGAGGAAUCUCUGAUGAUGUGAUGUGAUUUAUGCGUUUGGGACUUUUCCUUAUUUUUUCCUUUGUUCUGUGUGGUUUUGGAAAAGUCUUUUUUCUCUUUUUUUUCCGAUCUGGAAUUCGUUCAAAGAAAAAGAACGACUGGACUAGUGGUGUUUGGAGAGUCCUGUACCAAUGUAUAUAAGCGCCAGGCCUGAUAUGGCUGUAGCAAUUCCAACAAACUUGAUCUAAAAACAGAAUUUAUCCCAAA